GUUACGGAAUCUUGUACGGAAUGGGCAAUAAAACAUUAGCUCAGUAUCUCGACGUGUCGGAGAUGGAGGCCGCCGCGUUUAUGGACUCCUUUUAUAAUACUUACCCGGCUGUGAGGAGGUUCACGCAAUCAGUCAUCGACGACUGCCGGAGCAAAGGUUACGUGGAAACGCUCACCAAAAGGAGGCGGUACCUGCCCCACAUCAACAGUAAUGUGCUGUAUAAAAAAGGAGCUGCAGAACGUCAAGCAGUGAACACGACUAUUCAAGGGUCAGCCGCGGAUAUCGCCAAAGCAGCCAUGUGCGCUAUAGACACUAAAACUAGCGGCAGUGCUCCACAACCACGCCUCAUCUUGCAAAUGCACGAUGAAUUAAUCUACGAAGUGCUCGAGUCGAACAAGAACUCUUUCAUAGCCGUGUUGAAACAGGUGAUGGAAGAAACGGUCAAGUUGAGAGUUCCGCUGCCGGUCAAAGUGAAGACCGGCCCGACGUGGGUGAUCUGGAAGAAGUCCGAAUCAUCUAAACAUGUUUGAUAAUAUGUCUGAAAAGUCUGUGAUAUCAUUUGCUUGUGAUAUUUUCAAUUAUGUAAGUUAAAUAAAUGGAAUGCUUCCCUAA